AUGUUCGAGGACAAGUUUGUCACAAACAAGUUGCAGCCAUUAAGAGUAGACUCCUUGAUGGCUUUGAAGAUUGGCGAGGGUGAAAGCCUUAGGGCUUAUGCCAAAAGGUGUUACGAGUUGUUCAACCGAAUACCAGGAUGUAACCCAAAGUUGGCAGUCGUGUCUUUUAAGAAUGGCCUAGAGGAUGAUUGCGUGCUAUGGAAGUCGUUGGCAAAGACUCUACCAAAGAGUAUGGAGGAGCUCAUGGCAAGGAUCAAAAAAUAUGCCAGAGUAGAAGAGAAAACGUCAGGAACAAAGGCGCCGAAGCAGGAGAAGAGAAACGGUUGGCCAAAGCAAAGCAGAGGUAAUACUGGAUUUAAUAGGCAAGAAAUAGGGCUGAGAGCUGCGCAGGUAGUCACCACCGUGUUCCGGAUCCCAAUUUACAAAGUCCUAGAAAGGAUCAGGAACCAACUAUAUUACAGAACACUAGAGAAGAUUCCUGACAAAUUUUGGGAAGAAGCCUUAAGAAGCACUGUGCUUACCACAAUGAAGAUGGACACUUGA